GGUCAGGAUCACAACUUCGUCUGGUUCAUAUCUUAUCUUUAUCCAGACCUCCGUGCUAUAGCAAACAUACCAAUACUUGAGCUCAGCUGCAUUGAAACUAGCGGUCUUGUGAUCACCAGCCCUUCAGUUGUCUUAACACCUUCUGCGACUUUAGAGUUAUAAUCUUCCCGAUAUCUGAAUUCUUGAGCAUGUUUCUAGACCAACAAGAUGCUGCUCCCCGAAGGCCGGGGCGAGUUUCUACGAUGGUAGUUCCGAAAAAGUCGGCCCUUUCCAAAAUGAUUCAUGGUAUUCACUGGCAGGCCUAUCCACUUGGUAUGGGAACGGCUUCGGUCUAUAUCUUGCUCUACAACUUGAAGAAGCAUCCUGCAUGGUUGACGAAGCUUGAGAUCGUACUUUUCAUCCUAAAUUGCCUCAUCUUUAUAUCUGCAACGUCGUUAUUGGGGGUCCAAGCAUUCCUUUACACGAAACAAUUCAAACGGGUUAUCAUGGAUCCCAAUAGAAACUCGUUCAUUCCAACUUUUGCUUUGAAUUUCGCCACCAUCAUUGUGGGGCUUGUAAACUAUGUUGUGCCAGCCGGACUCACCAUCGAGGAGGUGUAUGUGAUAUUUUGGGUAUAUGUGGCGAUGUCAUCAGUUGUUGCAUUCUCUGUCAUGACCAUCUGGUUUUUAAGGCCAAGAGAUCCGUUGGGAAGCAUGACACCCGCAUGGGCCUUUCCUGUGUUCCCGUUGAUGUUUACAGGGGUUGUGGCCAUCAAUGUCUUACGUAUAGUGCCGUUAACUGACCCCCGAGCCGUCACUGUUGUUGUGGUAGGGCUUUUGGGCUUUGGCGGGGGAGCUUUCAUGAGUAUAUUCUACUUGUCGAUUUUUUUACUCCGACUGAUGCACACUGGAUUCAUGGCUGGUCAUCAAGCAAAUGGUGCAUUCGUGGCCGUGGGCCCUCCGGGAUUCAGUGCUUUGGUCUUCUUCCACAUGGGAAAAGCGUGUCGAACAAUAUUACCGGCCAACAAGCUUAUCUCUGAAUUAGCAGGCGAAGUUUGGUUCGCUGGAUGUGUCUUCGUAGGAAUCAUGCUUACUGGCACUGCUUUCUUACUGUUCAUCCUCGCCGUUAUUCCCUAUUGGAGUCGCUUACACAAACAUCUUGACGAGAUUUUGGGAUGCUGGGCGACAACUUUUCCGAAUGUCGGCCUCAUCUUGUCACUGAAGUUCCUUGGAGAGACAUUCAACUCUCCAACGUUCUUUGCGGUUCAGUUUGUGAUGACUAUGCUCAUCAUCAUAGCAUAUGUGGCCGUCUUCUGUCUGACAGGGGUUGCAAUCUACAAAGGGGUUAUCUUUUCCAGUAAUGACAAGGCGAUCUUUGCGGAUGACUAUGACCUUGAUAAUAUGAAGGUGAAGGUUGCAGAUGAACGCAGCCUGGAUUACCAUGCGUAGUAACUCAUCUAUUUUUUAAAUCUUCUUGUUUGCUCUCGACUUGGAAUUUGGAAGUCACUUAUUAUGUCGCACUAUUGUUUUCAAACACUUUCAUGUACUACAAUUUCUCUGCAGAUACAACUAGAUAUUCCAGAUCUUAGAUUUGCCCAAAGGCAAAGUGCUUUCUUCUCUCAAAUUACACUUCUUUCAAAAUGACAAAUUAGAGCAACCCCUAUCAUGGGGGUGAUUUAUUGAAGCAC